AUGAGUUCUGGUCAACACAAACAGCAACUCGUCCCUACAAAGAAUCUGCACAACCUGCUAUCACUAUCCACUACCGUCAUCAUGCCUUUCCAACUUCGCAGCCGCCAACCGGUCCAGGACCCCGAACGUCGAGUCUAUGAAUACCGCAUAAAGUCUACUCUCGUUUACGAUCUUGAUCGACUGCGGGACGGUCUUGAGAUGAACUGCGGUCGUAACAACUUUACGGUCUACGGCGACAUCAUGCAGCUUACCAUUCGAGUUCACGUAUACCAGGCUAAGAAUCUAAUUGCGCAACUCCAGAGUGAAGGCGCUCUCCGUCGCGAGGCAACACAAGAACUUCCCAAAGUUCUUAGGGGGCAUAUCAUAGCGAACGGCUGGUAUCAGAUACAGCCUCAUGAUCGAGAGUAA